AUGGAUGCCAAAGAGACUUACAAACAGGUCAGCGACCAUUACGGCUCAGUUUCCAAGAGCGCCACCGGUAAAUAUGAACAAACCGUCGCAAAAGCAUUCGGAUACACGGAUGAAGAACUCAGAGACAUUCCCGAGGAUGCAAAUCUUGGUUUGAGCUGCGGUAAUCCCACUGCACUCGCGAAGCUGAGAGAGGGCGAGACCGUCAUCGACCUUGGUUCUGGAGCUGGCUUCGACAUCUUGACGGCUGCUAAGAAGAUUGGUCCGUCGGGUAGAGCCAUUGGCGUGGAUAUGAAUAAAAACAUGAUAGACAAAGCCAACGCGAACAAAACUCUUAUGAACCUCUCAAACGUCGAAUUUAUCGAAAGCCCCAUUACAUCUAUCCCUCUCUCUGACGCCACCGCAGAUUGCAUCAUCAGCAACUGCGUCAUCAAUCUCGUCCCAGCAUCAGAGAAACAACUCGUCUUCAAUGAAAUGUUCAGACUCCUGAAGCCAGGUGGACGUGUCGCAGUUAGCGAUAUACUUGCGCGCAAGGAGUUGCCGGAUGAGAUAAGACGAGAUGUCGCUUUGUAUGUUGGAUGCAUUGCUGGUGCUAGUCUUGUUGGCGAGUAUGAAAAGUUUCUUAAUAAUGCUGGUUUUGGAAAUAUUCUGAUUGUUGACACGAAGAGUGACUUGAAUGUCUACUUCACUGCCAAUGAGGCUCCGCUUUCCUGUUGCAAGAGCGCAGGUGGAGAUCUAGCUGGGGACUCAUCCUCGUAUGCUCCUUCAAAAUCAACGAGUUCCCUGGAGCCAGGCGAUGGCAUGUCAAUUGACCGUUCAGGUGUCACUGACUUCAAUGAGUGGGCAGGCUCAUUCCAGAUCUAUGCUGUCAAGCCUGACGCGGCGUAA